AUGCGAGGUGGCAUUAAACGCAUCCCCUAUGACGAGGGCUCAGGCGCCGACGUCGGGAAGAAGUUCACCAAGUGCGGCACGUGUAAAUACGGAGCCGAGUGUGACGAAGACUCCGAGGACGUCUGGUGCAUAUGUAACAUUGACUGCAGCGGCCACAACGAGAACCCGGUGUGCGCCACCGACGGGAGCUCCUACAACAACCCUUGUCUGGUGCGAGAGGCGUCGUGUAUGAAGCAGGAGCAGAUCGACGUCAAACACCUGGGCAGGUGCCCCGCUGAUAAGGAGAAAGCGGGGAAGAAAGACGACAGCACUCUUUUCAAAGGAAACGUUUUAGAAACCACGGGUCUGGACCACGGCGACGGUUUCUACGCCGGGAUGCCGAUCCCCUGCACCGACAACUACGCCAGCUUCUGUGUCCACGGGAAAUGUGAGAUCAAAUACAACAAGGCAAUCUGCAGGUGUGAUUCAGGCUACAAGGGUCCUCAGUGUGACGAGCCUCACGACUUCAACAUCCUCUACGUGGUUCCCAGCGGACAGAAGCUUCACUACGUCCUCAUCGCCGCCAUCAUCGGCGCUGUGCAGAUCGCCAUCAUCGUCGCCGUGGUGAUGUGCAUCACGAGGUAAAGCAGCGCCCACUAGCGAUCAUUACAUCACACUAAUAUCAAUUCCAACGAUAUGGUUCCAACGCUGGCCCGAAGUUGCACCUCAAGUCUUACACCGAUCGACCUCUGUUAAAAUACGGUUGUCAUGGUGAUGGUUUUGAAUGGUGUGAUGUGAGAAGAGGUGGAGUCAACGGUCAGGAUUGAUUACAUCCCUCAGAAAUGUACGAGGACUUCGAUUUUACUCCUGCUUCAGUUUUCCAUGAGCCUGCAUCAUUUCACCCAUCCAAUCACAGAGGACUGUGUCAUGACCUCAUGUUGUAGUGGAAGAUUUCACCACUAGAUGUCACUGUUUUUAUUGUACACUAGCUUUAGAUGAAGGCUUUAGUUAUCACCUAAUCACGAUGCUCACACAUACACACAUACACACAUACACACAGUUACUCUCCCACUAUGUUGACGAGCAGAGACGCCUGAUUGGACGACGGAGGUCAUGGAGGUCGUAUGAACACUGUCCUAUUUCUCACAAGUAGAGAUGUAUGAGCUUACAGCCGUAACUGCAUUUCUGCAUCAUCACAUGGACGAAGAUGUUUUUGAGAACUGAGGGUGUUUAAGGUGGGGUGGGGGGGGGGAGUAAAACACACCCACCUACAUGUGGACUCGGUCUGAAUGAGCAGUUAUUGCAGAAGAGAGAUAUUUAAGAAAGUCAUACACUGCACUUUAAAAUUUAUCAGGGUGACCACUCACU